CAAACUUAACAGCGUCAGAACAAUUAAAUCUGGCAAUGGCUUGGGACAGAAUGGACAUUGCCAAGAAACACAUCCUAAUUUAUGGACAGCAUUGGAAGGCUGGUGCGCUGGAACAAGCAAUGUUAGAUGCUUUAGUAAUGGAUCGAGUGGAUUUUGUAAAGCUCUUAAUAGAAUAUGGAGUGAACCUCCAUCGCUUUCUUACCAUCCCCCGACUGGAGGAGCUCUAUAACACAAAACAAGGACCCACUAAUAUGCUCUUGCAUCAUCUUGUCCGAGAUGUAAAACAGCAUGCCCUUCUCUCAGGCUACAGAAUAACACUGAUCGACAUUGGAUUGGUAAUCGAAUACCUCAUUGGUGGAGCGUAUCGCAGCAGCUACACUAGAAAAAGUUUCAGGGCCCUCUACAACAACCUCUACAGAAAACAUAAGCGAGUGACCAGUUUUGCUCAAAGCCUUUCCCAGCCCCCUCUUCACCGAAGACGCUCCUCAGGAAAUAGAAAUGAAUCUGCAGAAAGCACGCUGCAUUCCCAGUUCAUUAGAACUGCCCAGCCUUACAAAUUCAAGGAAAAGUCUGUAGUCCUUCAUAAAUCAAGGAAGAAGUCAAAAGAAGAACAAAAUAUAUCAGAUGACCCUGAGUCCACUGGCUUUAUGUACCCUUACAAUGACCUGCUGGUCUGGGCUGUGCUAAUGAAAAGGCAGAAGAUGGCCAUGUUCUUCUGGCAGCAUGGAGAGGAAGCAACAGUGAAGGCAGUGGUUGCCUAUAAACUCUACCGAGCCAUGGCCCACGAAGCCAAGGAGAGCAACAUGAUGGAUGAUGCCUCAGAAGAGCUGAAAAAUUACUCAGAACAGUUCGGCCAGCUCGCCCUGGAUGUGCUGGAGAAGGCAUUCAAGCAGAAUGAAAGAAUGGCCAUGAAACUGUUGACCUAUGAACUCAAGAACUGGAGCAAUUCUACCUGUCUGAAACUGGCCGCGUCUGGAAGAUUGCGGCCCUUCGUUUCGCAUACUUGCACCCAAAUGCUACUGACAGACAUGUGGACCGGGCGCCUGAAAAUGAGGAAGAACUCUUGGUUAAAGAUCAUCAUAAGUAUUCUUUUUCCACCCACCAUUCUGUCAUUGGAAUUUAAGAGCAGAGCAGAGAUGUCCCAUGUUCCCCAGUCCCAGGACUUCCAGUUUGCGUGGUAUUAUGGCGACCAGAACCCCAGCGCAAAAGAGAAUGCUUAUAUGAUGGCGUAUUUGGCAUUCCUCAUGCUGUUCACUUACACUGUGUUGGUAGAGAUGCAGCCCCAGCCCAGCGUGCAAGAGUGGCUUGUUAUCAUUUAUAUCUUCACCAAUGCCAUUGAGAAAGUCAGGGAGGUGUGUAUUUCAGAACCUGGGAAGUUUACUCAAAAAGUGAAGGUAUGGAUUAGUGAGUACUGGAACGUAAUAGAAACUGUGGCUAUCGGCCUGUUUUCAGUUGGUUUUGGCCUUCGGUGGGGCGACCCUCCUUUGCACACAGCAGGAAGACUAAUCUACUGUAUAGACAUCAUAUUCUGGUUCUCACGGCUCCUGGACUUCUUUGCUGUGAAUCAACAUGUAGGUCCAUACGUGACAAUGAUUGCAAAAAUGACAGCAAACAUGUUCUACAUUGUGAUCCUGAUGGCCAUAGUCCUGCUGAGCUUUGGAGUGGCGCGCAAAGCCAUCCUUUCACCAGAGCAGCUUCCGUCUUGGAGCCUUGCUCGAGACAUUGUAUUUGAGCCAUACUGGAUGAUUUAUGGAGAAGUCUAUGCUUCAGAUAUAGAUGUUUGUGCAAGCCAUCCGUCUUGCCCUCCUGGUUCUUUUCUUACUCCGUUCCUCCAAGCUGUCUACCUCUUCGUGCAGUAUAUCAUCAUGGUGAACCUGUUGAUUGCUUUUUUCAAUAACGUUUAUGUAGAUAUGAAAUCCAUUUCCCAUAAACUGUGGAAAUACAAUCGCUAUCGUUACAUCAUGACCUACCACAAGAAGCCUUGGCUGCCCCCACCUUUCAUCCUGCUGAGCCACGUUGGUCUCCUCCUUCGCCGUCUUUGCUAUCAUCAAGCUCCAAAUGACCAAGAAGAGGGGGAUGUUGGAUUAAAACUCUACCUGAGUGAGGAGGAUCUGAAAAGACUUCACGAUUUCGAAGAGCAGUGUGUGGAAAUAUACUUCCACGAGAAGAUGGAAAGUCUGAAUUAUAGCUGUGAGGAACGAAUCCGAGUGACAUCAGAGAGGGUUACAGAGAUGUACUUCCAAAUGAAAGAAAUGAAUGAAAAAGUGUCUUUUAUAAAGGACUCUUUACUGUCCUUGGACAGCCAAGUGGGACACCUGCAGGACCUCUCUGCCCUGACAGUGGAUACCCUGAAAUUCCUUUCUGCUGUUGACACCUUACAAGAGGAUGAGGCUCUCCUGGCCAGCAGAAAGCAUCCUACGUGCAGAAAACUUCCCCACAGCUGGAGCAAUGUCAUCUGUGCAGGGGUUCCAGGCAGCAUGGAGAUCUCUGGGGAGAAGAAAUACCAGUAUUACAGCAUGCCUCCUUCUUUGCUGCGGAGCCUGGCCAGAGGCCAGCGUACCCCGAGAGGGCAGAGGGGGCCCCUUCUUGAGAUUACAGACAGUCAAAGAGAGGCUUCAAAUGUAAGAGAUGAGCAGGAAAAGCAAGAAACAGAAACCACCAUAGUUGCUUCUGGGGUGUUCCUUAACAGGCAAGCACAGCGAAAGUAUGGCCAGUUUCUCCUCGUCCCUUCUUAUCUAAAGCGAGCUCCUUUUUCUGCAGAAACUGACUUGCCUCUGUUCAGACCAUCCGUGGAAGCAGGUACAGAUGUGCUGGCAACUGAACAGGUCACCCAGGGUGAGGUCCCUGUUCAUCUGACUUGGCAGAUCCCACCUGUCUCAGCUCAGGGCUCAAUGGCCAAACCCGAGGCACAGUACGAGUCAGUAGCUCAGAUACCAGCCAGACAAGACAAGGGGGAGCAAGUUCUACCCACUUUGAUUUGCACAUCUCCACCAAUGAAAGUGACCUCCCUCCCUUCCCAAGGCGAGAGCAUGGGAAUUGAAGGUGGAUAUGUGAACUGGGCAUUUUCAGAAGGUGAUGAAACUGGUGUGUUUAGCAUCAAGAAAAAAUGGCAGACCUGCUUGGCCUCCACUUGUAACAGUGACUCUAAAGAGAGUGGCCAAAGCCAGAGGCAGAUCCGAGCCAGAUCCCUCUCUGAUAACUCAUCAAGGUUGGCCCAUAGUAGUGACUGCUCAGAGGUGGGACCAUGGCUGCAGCCAAACACAUCCUUUUGGAUCAAUCCUUUCCGCAGAGAUAGGCCCUUCACCCGGAGUCACAGUUUGAGAUUCCACAAGGAGGAGAAACUGAAGAUCUCUAAGAUUAAAAACCUUUCAAGAUCCUCAGAGAUAGGGCAGUCAGCAUGGAUCAAAACAAAAAUGCUAAUCAAGGAUAAGAGAUCGUCAAAGAAAAAGAAGAAAACACAAGGACUGCAGGUGCCGGGUGAUGCUGGGCUUAUUGACUGA